UGUGGAAUGUGAAAUACCAGCUGAUAGUAGACAUUGUGCAGGGUCCCAUCCUAGCUAGAAAGGGGCGGGGGGGACGGGACGAACUGUCAGCAAGCUCAGGUGUGAAGGAUUGAGAAUUGCAGAGUUUACGCUUCUCAUCUCAGAGAAGGUUCAGAAAUGGCCAGAGUUUGCCUCCUGCUGCUAUGUCUCAAGAUGUGUGAAAUUCACACACAAGAAGGACGCUGGGAGACCAACUGGAAAAGGAACGACUCCGAUGUCAUGAAUGACCUGCUGGACCAGUGGAAAAGGAACGACUCCAAUGCCCUGGAUGAGGAUUGGAAGCAGCGGCUACCCAAGGGCAUCAUCAUUGGCGUGAGGAAAGGGGGCACACGGGCUUUGCUGGAGAUGCUGAGCCUGCAUCCCCAGGUGGCUGCUGCUCACUCCGAGAUCCAUUUCUUCAACGUGGAAGAGAAUUACCAAAGGGGAUUGGAUUGGUACAGCCAACAGAUGCCCAAUUCCCACAGCACUCAAAUCACUGUGGAAAAAACGCCAGGCUAUUUUGCUUCCCUAGAAGCCCCGGAACGCAUUUAUACCAUGGACAGAUCUGUGAAGCUCCUCUUGAUUGUGCGGGAUCCUGUGGAAAGGCUGGUGUCCGAUUACACCCAGAUCCUCUACAACCGCAAAGCGCGGCAGAAACCAUACCAGUCGCUGGAGGAAAUCCUGAGAAGGGGCCAAGAGCUGAACACCGACUACAAGGCCAUGCAACGCAGCCUCUACGCGCUACACUUGGCUCGGUGGCUGGAGUUCUUUCCCACGACACAGAUUCACGUAGUAGACGGAGGUGGCUUAAUACGCCAGCCGCUCUCAGAGAUGCGUCACGUGGAACAGUUUUUGGGGCUGGAGCCUUACCUAGGCCCUGACAACUUUUAUUUCAACGAGACCAAAGGCUUCUUUUGCCUUCAGGCCGCAGGAGAACGGCACUGCCUUGACCCGUCGAAAGGCCGGCCUCACCCCACCGUGGAUGAGUUACUGCUGGAGAGACUCUGCACCUAUUUCAGCCAGCACAAUGAGGACUUUUUUGCCAUGGUGGGACGGACUUUCAACUGGUGCUGAGUCUGGUGUCGAGACCAAGCUGGGCUUUCCGUGAAUAUUCCCACUAAAAAUCUUCCCAUUUUUCUUUCAAAAUGGAAAUUCAACUCUUCGAUUUAGAGUGAAACAGCCAAGUCUGAAGUUGGAGGUUUUAAGAUCUUUGGGAAAUCACUUAAAGCAAAAGCAUUUUUUGAUA